UGGGCGAUGGACUCUCUGGGAGAAGCGCCUCCAAAGUUACCCCGGCUUUCCCUCCGUCCGGUUCUUCCCUUCUCCUGACACCUCUCUCCAAACAGGCGCAGAUCGCAGUGAUCCACAUCCAGGCGCAGCCGAGGCGCGCGGUGUGCAGGACGCAGUCUGGCUAGAAGAAAUGAAAGUUUCCCUUCUCGAUGAAUAACUCAUGAAACAAAGAGCAGAUGUGCUCCUGCAGCUCCACACGGACUGUCUGAAGGACCAUCCAGCAGCGCACUGACAGCAAUGAAGAGGAUGCGCUGAAACGCUCCAAUCUGAAAAUCAUUCAGCUUGGAAUGAGUUGGACGCGCGGUUUUCAUACAGUAAAUCCCCUGGGAUUAAAAUAAAGGAGCAAUGGAUAACUUCUUCACUGAGGGUGAUCGAGUGUGGUUACGGGAGGAUGAGCAGUUCCUUCCCAGCACCGUGUCUUCCUGUUCUGGAGGUGUUGUUGUCUUUGCCACAGACUACGGCCAGGUGUACACUUACAAACAGAAUGCCCUCACCAGACAGAAGGUGCAGCCCAUGCACCACAGCAGUGUCAGGGGGGUGGAAGACAUGGCGACGCUUGAGGACCUUCAUGAUGGCGCCAUCAUGCACAACCUCUUCCAGCGUUACCAGCAGAGGCAAAUCUAUACGUACAUCGGCUCCAUCCUGGCGGCGGUGAACCCCUACCAGCCGCUGCCCGGCCUGUAUGACCGCCCAGCUGUGGAGCUGUAUAGCCGCCACCAGCUGGGGGAAAUCUCUCCGCACAUCUUUGCCGUGGCCAAUGACUGCUACCGCUCACUGUGGAAGAGGCUGCAGAACCAAUGCGUCCUGAUCAGUGGAGAAAGCGGAGCUGGUAAAACAGAAAGCACCAAGCUGAUCCUGAGGUUUCUGUCUGCUAUGAGCCAACACUCACUGGAAGUUUCCUGCAGAGACAAGACAUCCCAUGUGGAGGAGGCGCUGCUGGAGAGCAGUCCCAUUAUGGAGGCCUUUGGAAAUGCGAAGACCGUCUACAACAACAAUUCCAGUCGCUUUGGGAAGUUUGUCCAGCUGCAUUUCAGCCAGAAGGGAAACAUUCAAGGGGGGAAAAUUGUUGACUAUCUACUAGAAAAGAAUCGAGUUGUUCGGCAGAACCCAGGAGAGCGAAACUACCAUAUUUUUUAUGCCAUAUUAGCAGGAGCCAACAACCAGCAAAGAGAGGCGUUUGGGUUGACGCAUCCUGAGAGCUAUCACUACCUGAGACAGUCCAGCUGCAUCGCUGACAAGACAAUCAACGACAAAGGCACUUUUCAGGAUGUUCUGAAUGCCAUGCAAACAAUGCAGUUCACAGAGGAGAACAUCAGUGAGAUCCUGCGCCUCCUGGCAGGGAUCCUCCAUGCAGGGAACAUCGAGUUUAUGACGGCUGGAGGGGCCCAGGUCGCCUCCAAAUCAGCUCUAAAUUGGACGUCAGAACUCUUGGGACUGAACUCGGAUCAGCUGGCAGAAGUCCUGACCCACCGCUCGAUGAUCCUGAGGGGGGAGGAGAUCUCCACGCCGCUAACAGUUGAACAGGCGGUGGACUCCAGAGACUCCAUGGCCAUGGCGCUUUAUUCACAGUGUUUUAACUGGAUCAUUCACAAACUGAACAACCGCAUCAGGGGCAAGGAGGACUUCAAAUCUGUCAGCAUCCUGGACAUCUUCGGAUUUGAGAACUUUGAGGUUAAUCGCUUCGAGCAGUUCAACAUCAACUAUGCAAACGAGAAGCUUCAGGAAUAUUUUAACAAGCACAUUUUUUCUCUGGAGCAACUUGAAUACAAUAGAGAGGGGCUGGUCUGGGUCGAUAUCAACUGGAUGGACAACGGAGAGUGUCUGGAUUUGAUUGAGAAGAAACUGGGCCUCCUGGCACUGAUGAAUGAGGAGAGCCAUUUUCCCAAAGCCACAGACGACACCCUACUGGAGAAACUCCACAGCCAGCACUCGAAAAAUUCAUUUUAUGUGAAACCUCGUGUUGCUGUGCACUACUUUGGAGUCCGACACUAUGCAGGAGAGGUGGUAUACGACGUAAGGGGCAUGCUGGAGAAGAACAGGGAUACUUUCAGGGAUGACAUCCUCAACAUGCUGAGAGAGAGCAGGUUGGACUUUGUCUACGAUCUAUUUGAGCAUGUAUUGAGCCGCAACAAGCAGGACACUCUGAGGUGCAGCACCAAGCACAGACGGCCAACUGUCAGCUCCCAGUUUAAGGACUCUUUGCACUCUCUGAUGGCCACCCUCAGCACAUCCAACCCAUACUUCAUACGAUGCAUCAAACCAAAUACACAAAAGAUGCCUGAGCAAUUUGACCAGACGGUGGUUCUGAACCAGCUCAGGUACUCCGGCAUGCUGGAAACGGUCAAGAUCAGACGCAGCGGUUUCCCGGUCCGCAGAUCGUUUCAGGACUUCUGCUCCAGGUACAAGGUGCUGAUGAGGGGCAUUCUGCUGCCAGAUGACCACAGGGGGCGCUGCAAGCAGCUGCUGCAUCUCUAUGACAGCAGCAGCAAAGAUUGGCAGCUCGGAAAGACCAAAGUCUUUCUUAGAGAGUCCCUGGAGCAUCGGCUGGAGAAGCAGAGGGAGGUGGAGGUGCUGAAAGCAGCCAUGAUCAUCCAGGCCCACAUCAUGGGCUACAUGGCAAGGAAGCAGUACAGGAAGCUGCUGCAGUGCAUCGUGGUCAUUCAGAAGAACUACAGGGCUUUCUACUACAGGAGGAAGUUCCUCCUCCUGCGCUGGGCCGCACUCACCUUUCAGAAGCGUUUGCGGGGCCAGCUGGCCCGCCGGGCCUUCAGCCGGCUGCUGGAGGAGAGGAGGGAGAGGGAGGAGUGCCGCAGAAAGAUGGAGGAGGAGAUGGAGAGGGAGAGACUGAGACUGGAGGCUGAGAGACUCUUCAAAGAGGCUGAAGAAGCUCGUCUACUUCAGGAGCUACAUCGCGCCCAGGAGCUGCAUCGCGCCCAGGAGCAGCAUCGCAUCGAGGAGCUGCAUCGCGCUGAGGAGCAGCAUCGUGCCAAGCAAAUCGCCUCUCUUGGUUUUGCUCAUUCUCAGCUGGAAGAAGCUGCUGCAGCAUCCCCUGAAACACCGGCAGAGCUGGAAUCAGUGGAUGUCUUUGAGGAGGCAACAGAAGAAGAGGCCAUCCGUCCCCAGGAGGCGUCUCAGGUUGAAGAGAUCCUCCGGUUGGAGAGAGAGAUCCAGGCCCUGCAGAGGCAGAAGGAGCGUCAGGAGCUCUCCCUGACCGAAGCGUCCCUCCACCGCCUGCAGCGUCUUCGGGAUCAGGAGCUACGGCGGCUGGAGGAUGAGGCCUGCAAGGCGGCGCAGCAAUUCCUCGACUCGCUGAACUUCGAUGAGAUUGACGAGUGUGUGAGGAACAUUGAGAGCUCUUUAAGUGUGGAAGAGGGAGAGGAAGAGGAGAAGGAGAAGGAGAAUGAAGGUAGGAGACGCAGCGAUGAGGAGGAGGUGGAUGAAGGGUUCGGAGCCGAUGAUGAGGCUUUCAAAGACUCGCCUAAUCCGAGUGAGCAUGGCCAUUCAGACGGUCAACGGACAAGCGGAAUCAGAACGAGCGACGACUCCUCCGAAGAAGACCCGUACGCCAACGAUGUGGUGAUCCCACCGAUGCCCCUCACCACCCUGCUUCACCAGCCGCUGCCUCCUUUACCUCCAGCCUCCCACAGCGUCUCAUCCAGUGGCGACUCCGCCUUCUGCCACCCGCAGGCUUCGUCUGAGGCGCCGUCUGACGACCUGGUGGAGCUGAUUCCACCAGAUGAGGACUCUGACUAUGACCAGGAUGACUAUGAUGAGGGUGCCAUUGUGUCCAGCGGCAGCAUGGCCUUCUCCAACUCACGCAGUGGACAGUGGUCUCCUGAUUACCGGGGCUCAGUGGGGACAUACAACAGCUCUGGAGUUUACCGCUUCAGCUCUGAAGGCGCUCAGUCAUCGUUUGAGGAUAGUGAAGACGACUUUGACAGGUUUGACACAGACGACGAGUUAUCGUAUCGACGGGACUCUGUCUACAGCUGCGUCACUCUGCCGUACUUCCACAGUUUCCUCCACAUCAAAGGGGGUCUGAUCAACACGUGGAAGCGGCGCUGGUGUGUUCUGAAGGACGAGACCUUCCUGUGGUUCCGAGCCAAGCAGGAGGCGUUGAAGCAGGGCUGGCUGCACAAGAAGGGAGGCGGCUCGUCCACGCUGUCCCGCCGCAACUGGAAGCGCCGUUGGUUCGUGCUGAGGCAGAGCAGGCUCAUGUACUUUGAGAACGACAGCGAGGAGAAGAUGAAGGGGGUGCUGGACAUGCAUAAUGCCAAAGAAAUAGUUGACAACACGGGUAAGGAGAAUGGUAUCGAUAUUGUGAUGCCAGAGAGGACCUACCAUCUGAUCGCAGAGUCUGCUGAGGAUGCAAGUCAAUGGUUUAGCGUGCUGAGUCAGGUCCACGGCUCCACCGAACAGGAGAUCAGUGAGAUGCAUGAUGAGCAGGCCAAUCCCCAGAACGCUGUGGGCACGUUGGACGUGGGCAUGAUUGACUCGGUUUGUGCAUCAGAUAAUCCAGAAAGACCAAACUCUUUCGUCAUCAUCACUGCGGAGCGGGUGUUGCACUGUAACGCUGACACGCCUGAGGAGAUGCACCACUGGAUCACCCUCCUGCAGCGCUCUAAAGGAGACGCCCGGGUGGAUGGCCAGGAGUUCAUCAUUAGAGGCUGGUUGCACAAAGAGAUGAAGAACAGUACCAAAGCCUCAAUGAAGCUGAAGAAACGCUGGUUCCUGCUCACCCACAAUUCCCUGGACUACUACAAGAGCUCAGAGCGGAACGCCUUGAAGCUGGGAACCCUGGUGCUGAACAGCCUCUGUUCUGUGGUGCAGCCGGAUGAAAAGUUCUACAAAGAGACCGGAUACUGGAAUGUGACCGUCUACGGAAGAAAACACUCGUACCGACUCUACUGCAAGCUGCUGAACGAAGCCACGCGUUGGGCCAGCUCCAUCCAGAAUGUCAUCGACACCAAAGCUCCCAUCGACACACCGACCCAGCAGCUCAUCCAGGACAUUCGGGAGAACUGUCUGAACUCAGAGGUGGUGGAGCAGAUCUACAAGAGGAACCCCAUCCUGCGCUACAGCCACCAUCCGCUGCAUUCCCCGCUGCUGCCGCUGCCCUACGGAGACAUCCAGCACAGCGCGUCACGCAGUAGAAGCUACACAACCCUGCAGGAUGAAGCCCUCAGAGUGUUCAGCUCUCUUCAGCACCUUGACGGAGUGGCUGACCCCGUCCCCAUCAUCCAGGGGAUCCUGCAGACAGGCCAGGAGCUCAAACCGCUGCGUGACGAGCUCUACUGCCAGCUGAUCAAGCAGACCACCAGACCACCGCAGCCCGGGAGCCCUGGGAACCUCUGCAGCUGGAAGAUCCUUGCUUGCAUGUCCUGCACCUUCGUCCCCUCACGGAGCAUCCUUAGAUACCUAAAGUUCCACCUGAAGAGGACCCGUGAGCUCUUCCCCGCCUCUGAGAUGGACCGUUACGCCGCCUUCGCAUUUGACUCUUUGAAAAAGACUCGAUCUAGGGAGAAUGUGCCGUCGCAGGAGGAGAUCCGCUCCAUCGUGGCCCGGCAGGAGAUGAGCACCACGGUUCACUGCCAUGGGGGAGGUUCCUGCAAGAUCACCAUCAACUCUCACACCACAGCCGGAGAGGUGGUGGAGAAGCUGAUCCGCGGCCUGGCCAUGGAGGACAGCCGGAACAUGUUUGCUCUGUUCGAACACAACGACACCACAGAGAAGGCCGUCGAGAGUCGGGCUGUGGUAGCAGAUGUGCUCGCCAAGUUUGAAAAACUUUCAGCGAGCGCAGAGGAAAACAACACCGGCUGGAAGCUGUACUUCAAGCUGUACUGCUUCCUGGACACCGAUGGCGUUCCUAAGGACAGCGUGGAGUUCGCCUUCAUGUUUGAACAGGCUCAUGAGGCAGUCAUUCAGGGUCACUACCCUGCCCCAGAGGAGACUCUUCAGUUUCUGGCCGCCCUAAGGCUGCAGUACCUCCUUGGUGACCAAAACCCCCAGGCGAACAUGCCAGAGAUGUCCCAAGUUUUCCCCAUGGCCCGCCUGCGCGCCCGCGUGCAGAACUCCGCCAAGUCGUUCGCUCCAGGUUCUGGUUCAGUGGCAGAACGCUCCGGAACGGCAGAAAGAAAACGCUCCAGCUUCCUGGAGGGGACGCUGAGGCGGAGCUUCAGGAGCGGCUCUCUGAGCCGGCAGAAGCUGGAGGAAGAGAACAGCCUGGAGGCCUGGAUGAGGGAGGAGGCAGCGGCGGUGAGGACCAGCGUCAUGGACAAGUGGAGGAAGUUCCAGGGCAUGAACCAGGAGCAGGCCAUGGUGAAAUACAUGGCACUGGUGAAGGAGUGGCAGGGAUACGGCUCAACGCUCUUCAACGUCGAGUGCCGUGAUGGAGCGUUCCCCACGGAGCUGUGGCUCGGUGUGAGCAGAGAGUCCAUCUCUGUGUACAAACGAGGGGAGCCAUGGCCUCUGGAGGUUUUCCCCUACGAGCUGAUUCUGUCCUUUGGAGCGCCGCUGCCCAACAUCUACAAGAUCGCUGUGGAGGGCCGAGAGCUGGUCUUCGAAACCCAGAUGGUGAUGGACAUCGCUAAGCUCAUGAAGGCGUACAUCAGCAUGAUCGUGAAAAAGCGCUACAGCAACAGUCAGUCCGUCAGCAGCCACGGAAGCAAAUGCAGUGCUUGGUGAAGUCGGCUGAAGGAUGGAGACCCAGAAGGAUUGACGCCACUCGUAAGGAGAAACACCACGGUGCUACUACACUGUCCUCACAUGGAGGAACUGUUCGCUAACAUCACCUUUAAGUGUUUGGUGAAACGUUUCUGAUGUUAACUGUUCUUUGGAUGCAAAGACAAGGAAAGUAGAUGAGGCUGCACCUCAAACCGAAAUCAGUGACAUUUCUUCACUAUGUCCACAUUCUGCUGGGGGCAGAUCUGAGCUCAGACCAAAGUAUCUGCAGGUCGGAGCUAAUGAGAACAUCUGGACCUUCAGGUAUGAUGCUCAUAAUCAGUCAUCAGAGCAAACCACAAACUAAGGCUAGGUUAAAAUCCCUCAGAUAAAGAUUAGAUUUUCUCUAUGGGCUACUUAUGAUGAUGCUUUAUAUGAAGUGGAAUGUGGUCCAUUUAAAACCUUAAAAAUUAAGACAUUUAUCUGAAUAUUAAAAGAUUUGGGCUCCAAAAUGUUCCUGUUUUCCGUACCGAAGAAAACCGGUUCUCAUUGAGUCAGCAUUGACUUUUAGCCACUUUUUAAAAAACAUGUACAAAGUUGACUUUAUGGCCAUAUCUUGUGGGAAAAAAAGGUUGAAACCCCGUGGCACACAGCAGUUACUAAUAAAAAGACUGUCUGAAUGUAUUUUUCUCACUUCCAAAAACAAAACAAGCUGCCCUGAAUACAAUUCUCGAGCCUUUCGAUUCUUUUAUGACUGAUUUACAGAGAAUAAGAGAUCCUAAAGUGCCUGGAUGAACUCUAACCAGAAAAGUUGCGGGUGAAAGUUUCUCAGAAAAAGAAAAAGGUGCUUAAAGGUUUCCUGAAACCGCUGAACUAGUCCAAGUGCACAAGUCAUUCAAGUUUAAGUUUCCAAAAUUUCACAACUCACCAUUUGUUAGACAAUCGUUAGCUGAUACCAGAUCCUCUGUAUAUGUUCCGGUGGACCACAAAAAUAUGCUUUUUUCAGGAUUAGAUAUGAAUCAUUUUUAGGAAACCUGGGAACAAACAGCUUUUCUACAGCAGCAAUCCUUACAGAUCUGGAACAUGUAAGCAGAUAUUUGUUCCAGCGUUGACUGACCCGCUCGGUCCGACCCGGUUCGGCAGCGUGACAUUCCAACAUUUCUCUGGAGCUCCGCGGGCGGCAGAUCCAUCCAAAGAUGUGCAGGUUCCUCCCACAGUUCAGUGCCUUGUUGUAAAUUCUGUACUUAUUUUGUUUUACACCUGCGGAUUGGUAUUUGGUAUAAUGUGCAAUGUAAUAUAUACAUAUAUAUUAUAUAUGAUAUAAUCAUGUGGACUGUACAUUUCAGGUCUUUGCUUCUGAUUUAUCAUCCCAGCAUUUUUCUCUUGUUUUGUUUUUUUGUAUUCUUUUAAAUCUGAAUUAGCAGCAAUGUGUGUCGAUCUGAUGAUUCUUACAAUAAAUAAAACAAUUAUAUUUGGUGAAA